UAAAUGAACAUACAUUUUAAAUAUAUUACUAUUCUAUAAUAUGAUAUGGGGUCCAUUUCAGAGCCUUAUUUCCUUACAAAGAUUCCAUAUCCUAUAAACUCAAAAUUUGAUAGACAAUGUCAAAUCGCAAAUGUUUUUCCUAAAGGUUACCAUGAAAUAGUAAUAGCGAUUAAUGGAGUAGGAAUUAACAUCUACGAUGCGGAUUCAGGUCAAAUAAUUACAAAUUAUCCUGUAAAUGGAAAUGUACAAUUUUCAUGUGCACCUAUUUCUAUACGGGAAGAAACCAAUAAAAAACGAAAAACUAUAGCUGGAUCAGUAGAAGUAAAUACAAAGUACCAAAAAUUACUUUUAUGGAUCGAAAAAUCCAACUUAGACGAACUACAAUUUAAAUUUAUAAAUAUUGAGUCCAAAGUUAUAAACAUUCAAUUACUACAAGAUUAUAUUAUUUCAUUCUUUGAAUCAGGGGAGAUUAUUCAGUACAAUUCCUACCUGGAUAUUAUUUGUAAAGUUUCAACAGAUAUUUCAAACAUAGUUCAUUGUGGUCAAAUUAAAGUCAAAUUACCAUAUGAAAUUUUUUCAAUUGAAAGUAAAGAAGAAGAUAUUGUAUAUGAGAUCUCAGUAAAAAAUUCACGAAUUAUUAUUAUUAAUAUUUUUCAAAUAUGCGAAACAACAUGCACAAAACUUAAUACAAUCACUGGAAUAUUGACAAUGGAUUUUGAUACAAAUCACAGAAUUAUCUUGACUGAGAAAUGCAUUAUUUAUCAUCUUACAUCAACUCAUCUUUUUACGUAUAUAUUAACAUCUUCAAAUAUUGAGUUUAAAUCAAAAACGAAAUUUUCUAAAGAACUUUCAACUCCUUUUUUUUUGGAAAUAUUUCAUAAUCAUCAUAUUAUAAUAUGUACAACAAAUAAAAUAUUACUUUUUGAUGCUGUAUAUCAAGUAUUUUUCUUUUCAAAAGAAGUAACACAUAUAAACACAGCACCCAUAAUUAUACAUACAUCUGAAUCAUCAAAAUUUCGAAAUGCCUUAUUAGUUCUAUCUAAUACAGAAUUUGUCAUUUUAUCUACUAUUUCAUCUUCAAAAAAUAGUUUUCUAGUUGAUAUGCUUGGAAAAGUUGAAGACAAAAAAAAAUCUAAUCUCAUGGUUAUAAACUCCGUUACAAGUUUUGAAAGAAAAAGAUCUAAUGUAUUGGUCCUAGAAUCACCCAAAAAAACAAAAAAAUAUCUAAAAGAACAGGAAAAACUAACCAAGUCAUUUUUAUUAAAAUUAAAGAAAUAUUCUUUACUUAAAGAUGGUAAUAAAUUUGAUAUAUUUUUUUUUAAAUGCUUUAAUACAAAAAAAUUUACUAACAAUUUACAAAAUAAAAACUUUAAUAAGGAAAAUAGUUAUAGUAAAUCCAAUACACAAAGUAGAAAAAUUGAGCUAUCGCCUCAAAUUUUAGAAAAAAUCACUCAAAUGAUAUUUCUACCAGCAAAAAAAGAGGAUAUACACAAUUCAAAUAAAACAGCGAAAUUUCAAAUACUAUUUUAUCCUAAAAAAACCCUUAAUUAUCUCAUUAGGGUAGCCCCAUUGUCAUUAUUAAAGUCAGAAUUUUCAGGUUUUAUAGAUGCAAUUGUAACUCUAGAUUCAUCAUUAUUAUUAAAUUUGUUUUUAAGUUCAGAUCUAUUACCACCAAGAGAAUUGGCAUCUGCAUUAAAGUAUGUUCUAAAUAGGGAUCCUAUGGACAUGAAAAUUUUCAAAAAAGUUUUGAAAAUGAUGAAUAAUUACACAGAAGAGCAAAUAGUAUCUGCAUUAAAAACAGAAUUUGCAGGAAACGAAAUGGAAAAAUUAAUUAAUCUGUUAGGAAAACAAAUAUUAAAAAUAGAAUCUAAAAAAUUAAAAAAACUAUCUUAUAUUAGAGAUGAAUUAGUUAUUUACAGAAUGCUAGAAAAUUCUUUAGACACUAUAGGAAUAUGUGGAAUAACUAUACAAAAUAUAAGACCAUCUUUUUUUAAUGUCACUUUUGAUAUUUUGAAAAGAACAAUUAAUGAAAUAAUGGAUAUAAAUUACAUUAUUAACAUGUUAGAUGAACUUAUUCGUAGAGCUGGAGGUCAUAAGAAUAUUAAUCAAAAAUAUCAGGAAUUCAAAUUAAAUCAGAGUAGUAAUAUUAAUCUUAAAAAAAACACUCGGUCACAUGCUGUAACAUUAUCAAAUCAACUGUCUAGUAAAUCAACUUUACAAGAAAACCAUUUAAAAACAAAAAGAGCAAGAGGCUAUCAAAAAAAUUUUUUUGUUGGAAAAUACUCUAUUGAAAGAUUAGAACUAUAAAAAACUAAAUAAAUUUUUACAUUGCAUUAAAGAUAAA